AUGCCUUCAGAUGGACAUUCACCCUCUGCUCAAGAGUCUCCAGAUACUUCCUUGUCAUCUGAAGAGUCUUCAGGCACUUGUUUGGACCAAGGGCUUUCAGGGAAGUUAUUAUCAUUAUCAUUAUCUGAUCUAGGAGAUCUUGGAGUAUCUGAAUAUUUACAGGGACCUCCAGAAACACCACCUUCUACCCAUAACAUUCUAGAAAUACCAUCUUCUACCCAUGGUAUUAUACACACUUCAUUACCAGCCCAAGAUUCUCUAGGACAUCUGCCUCCUUCAGUGCAGAUUCUACAACAGGCUCCCCUUAUGACAGAGACAUCAGAACCUUUGCUAUCUACCAAAAAGGCUUAUAAUGUAUCAGACUCUUCCCCAGGAACUUCAGAUACUUUGCCAUCUACCCCAGGAUGUCUGGAAAUUUUGUUCUGUGACCAAAGUACCAUAGGACUGUCUGUAUCUGAAAAAGUAAUUUUAGGACCAUCAGUAUCUCUGGAGGAAUCCCUGGGGCAUUCUCCUUCUGAACAAUGGUCUCUGAGAUCCACUCCACCUGCAUCUGGGACUGGGUCGCUCUCCCCCUCAGAACAAGGUUGUCUGGAAAUAUCUUCAAGUAUACAAGGAGAUUCACCCUCUCAGCAAGGCUAUACAGGAAAUUCAUUAUAUUCACAAGAGGCUCUCAGACUGCCCAAAUCAGCAAAGGAAUCAUUCGGACAUUCAUCAUCUGCUCAAGGCUCUCCAGAUACAUCUUUGUCAUCCCAAGAGGCUUCAGGCCCUUCUUUGGACCAUGCGUCUUUAGGAAAGUCAUCAUCUGAAGCAGGAAAUCUUGGACUUUCUGACUCAGAUCAGGAGAUACUAGAAGCUCCACUAUUUACCCAAAGUAUUUUAGAAAUGCCAUCUUCUAACAAAGGGAUUACAAAAACUUCAACAAUUUCCCAAGAUUAUUUAGAACAUCUGCCUCCUUCAGUGAAGACUCUGCAACCUUCUGUUAUAUCAGAAACCUCAGAACCUUUGCCAACAGUCAAAGUGGUUUGUAAGACUUCAGAAUCUGAGUCAGGUGCUCUGAAAUCUUUACCAUCUUUUUUAGAGGCUCUGAGACAUUUGACCUCUGACCAAUGUACUCUAUUGGUACAUCUGGAGCCAUCAACACCUCUCCAUGAGACUCUUGGAAACCUCAAACCAUCCCAAGGGGUUCUAGAACCUAUGCCAUCUACCCAAGAAGGUGUAGGAACUUCUUUUUCAACGGAGGUUUGGGGAUUGUCCACUUGUGCACAUGACGACUUUAUUCCAAUUCCUUCUCAUGGUGACUGCCUGAGAUAUUCCUCUUAUCCUAAUAAAAGCCAUAGACAUUUCAAUUCUACCAAAAAAAUACCAAGGCAUGCUCCAUUUCCUGAAGGAGAUAUCAGAUAUUCACUUUCAGAACUAGAUGUCUUAAGAUCAUCUUCUGCCAAAAGUAGGCUCACAUCUUCCAUAUAUGUCAGAAAGAACUCAAGUUCUACCUCUACUCCUCCAAGGAGUGUCUCACCCCCAGAAUCAUCAGAAUUGAACUUCAGAUCUAGUUCCCCUUCUAGAAAAUAUUUCAGAUGUUCUCCCUCUCCACAAGGUGGCUCCAGACAUUCGAAGUCAAAGAAAACAAAAUCAAAACAUGAUUCUAAAGAAUCAUGCCUCAAAUCUGUCCCAUCAGAAGAAAAAGGGUUGAAAUUUCACCAUUCUCCCAAAAAGGAGGGCAGAGAUACAGUUUCUAACAAAGUUAAUGCAAGGCCUAAAAGUGAUCCCAAAAAGAGCCCCACUACUACUUCUGCUAAGGGAGGUUGUAGAUCCUCCCGAUCUCAUGAGGAGGUCCUCAAAUGUUCCCCAUCUUCCCAAGGCAGCCCUAGAUGUUCCAGAUCUUCCAAAAUCAAAUUGGAACAGGUUCCCUCUAACAAAACAGAUGUUCAUGUUUCCCAUUCAGAACAUGAGGUCUGCAAACUACACUUUUUGUCCAAAACAGAGUCCAAAAAUUCAUCCUCCAAAAGGGACCAGAAACCAAAAGCUACUCCUCAAGAAUGCAUAGAAUCUUCCCUCUCUAUGGCAGGCUGCAGAUUCUCACAGUCUCAUGAGGAGGGCAGCAGAAGUUCUGCAUCACCCCAAGGCAAUCAUAAACAUUCCAGGUCUAUCAAAACUAAAUUGGAACAGGCCCCCUCUAACAAAGCAGAUGUGCAUGCUUCCCAUACAGAACAUAAGGGCUGUAAGAAUCUCCCAUUGUCACAAAGAGGAUUUAGAUAUGCUUCAUCUGUCAAAAGGGACAAGGAACCAAACGCUACUCCCCAAGAGAGCAUAGAAGCUUCCACGUCUGCAGAAGAGGACAUAGGAACUACUCCCUCUCAUGAAGAGACUCUCAGACAUUCUAUCUCUCCUCAUGAGACUUCCAGCCUUACUUCUUCUUCUACCAAAACAAGACUCUGGCAUUCCCCUUAUACUCAAGAAGUCAUCAAAACUCCCAGUGAGGCCCAAGAAAGCUUCAGGUCAUCUCCAGAUGGAGACAGUCCCACUGGGAGAGUCAAGUCUUUCUCAUCACCCAAAUGCAAUGAUGUCAGACAUCCUGUUUCUACAAAGAAGGACUUUAAACACACUCUUUCUGUUCAAGAGGGACAGAAACCUUCCACUGGUGCCAGAGAGGGGAGUGGGGCAUGGAUUCCUGUACAGUGGGGACUCAUAUAUUCACCAAUUCCAAAAGCGAGUGCCACAUCAUUCCCUGUUGUCCAAGGAAAUUUCAGACAUAGUCGACCUCAACUAGCAGACCUGAGAUCUUCCCUUUCUUACCAAGGAAGAGACACAGGCUUCCAAUAUGAACAUGGGACCCCCAUAUGUAACCCUUCUCUCCUAGGAGGCCACAGAUAUUCACGUUCAUUCCCAUGCAAUCUCCGAAGGAUCCCAUUGCAAAAAAAGAGCCUUAGCUCUUACCUCUUCCCUCAAGAAGGCACCAGGUCUUCUCAGUGUGACCAAAGGGGCCUCAGACUUUCCUGUGGCCACCCCAUCCAAGGUAGCUUUAGAAUGUUUCAAUCUGAAAGAGAGAGCCUCAAGAAUAGCCCAUCUAAAACACUGAGCCUCAGAUUUCCUCCUUGUCACCAAAGGGAAUACAGAAAUGUGCCCUCUAAUGUAGAGUGGGUUAAAACUUCAAUUUCUGCCCCAGGAAGCCCACAAUACAAUCCUUCUGCCCAUGGAGGCUUCAAACCUUUCACGCCUGUCAAACUGAAGUUCUAAAAAUGCUCAUCUCAAGAGGGAAUACUCUCUGUUAUCAUGCCAUCUUUAUAUCAUCUUAUGCACAGGCGAGCCUCAUAUUUUUCUACUCUGUGUCUCACAUAAACCACAGGAGUUUAUAACUUUUCCUACUCAUCAAAAACCCGUUAAACCUUGAAUUUCCAUUCCCGGCUAUUCCAGAUGUACAUUGAGGCAUCAGAUUGGUUCAUUUGACUAUAAAGAAGGCAGGCAUUUUCCAUCUGAUUAUUAAUAGGUCACAGUUUCUACACAGAACAUGAUAAACAAUCUAUUACCCACUGAGAAUAGCAUGUGCUUAUUCUGACUAAUGUUGCCCAAGAUUUACUUCAUAUGGUUUAGCGGGUGACAGAUUAACUCCCUCUGUCUAAGAAGUUCUGAGUGUUUCUUAUUCUAAUCAUCUGACUUCAAAGCCUCUGUCCAAAAAUAAAACUACCCUGGUGCCUGAAGUUUUAGAGUGUUAGAACAUCCAGCAGUGCCCUAAACCCAGUAUAUAUGCCUUAACUUGAUCAGGAGAAAUAAAAAAAUGAAUAAAUCACAGGAACAGAAGUAGUUAACUGAUUUGGUCCAGAGACAUUGCCUCCUAGCAUGUUGAAGACUGAUCACACUGCUGCCUGCACUGCAAGAAAUGGAUAUUCUACAUUCCCAUGAAGAUUGAUCAGGAAAUGUUCAGACUUCUUUAAUUCCCAAAUUGACUCUUGAUAUUCCAUGCUUCCCACAAGAGUCUUUGACCUUUCUGCAUUCCCCAAAAUAGCAUAAGGCUUUCUGUCUCUAAAAACAGAAAAUUUUGUACUCAAAAUUCCGUUUCUCUGGAUGCUUCAUUCUCAUUCUGUACAGAGGUUCUCCAAUAUUAUUUUCUGACAAAGGGGCCUCAGACUUAUUCCUUCAGGCCCAGGAGGACUCAUCCUUUGCCCCAGUGACUGAAGUGGAGCUCAAAUUAUUUUCCAGGACUCACUGGGUGCUCAGGCACAACUCUUCUGAACCAGGAUGCAGAAUUCACUCCACCAAUUCUCAAGAAGGCUAUAGCCCCACCGCAACAGAACCAAAGCUCUUCAAAACAGAUGUAUGAAUGAAAGGAGCUUCUGACCUCUCCUUCAGCACUGGGGGGUCUCAGAUCUUUUCCAAUGGCCAAAGUGGCCUCAGUCUUUUUGUCUAUAUUGAAAGUAACUCAUAACUUUUAUCAGUAAACUUAUUACCUGUCAAAAGCAAAAGCUUCAGUCUGCUCCACUUCAGGGUUCAAGGGAAGAUUGACACACCUUUCCUUUGAGAACCAGGAGACCUCAAACAUUCUCUAAUUGCCCAAAUGGACCUCAUAUUUAUAACUUCAUAACAAGGGUUUUGUGCACAUCCUCAAUGCUGAAGGGAGCCUGAGAUGUAAUGUGAGAAGCAAAGAUGUCUCAGACUUCCCCAAUGCUCCAAGAAGACCAGAAAUACAAACCCUUUAGAAUUAAUGAGCCAUAGAAUUUCUUCUAAAUUACACUGGAGAGUAAGAUUCAUUCCCAAACCAGGACAGUUCAGACCUCCAGCUACCAACUCCAUCAUGUCUUAGAUAUACCCCUCAAAAUUAAAUUAAUUCACUAAUUGAGGAAGCUUACACCUUGAUGCACUAUCUUCUCAAGAGGGUUAUAAAUUUAUUUCCUUCAACCACAGUAAACCCUGAUUUUUCAUACUUUGUCAAAGGAGGGUUUCUCUAACAUGCUGUCUUUGAACAAGAAAACAUAGCUUCCUUUGUCUCUACUGGAGGAGUCUGAGACAAACCCGUUUGAUGAAGUAAGCUACAGAACCGGCCCUGUGACUGAAAAAGGUCUCAAAAAUUCAGACUUGGUUGACAGGUACUUCAGAUUGACUCCCUAUUAUCAGGAAAACAUAGGAACUUCUCUUUGUGUUCAUGGCCUACUCAGGUCUACCAAAUAACUAAUAGAGACUACAGCUUGUCAUUCAGAACUGAAUGGCCAGUAAAUACACUUCUGACCACCAAAAGAACCUCAUGGAACUCUACAUUGAAGUUGCAUGGCAGAAGAAUAAAAAGUACCCUGGAUCUAAGAUCAUCUGUUUUCAUGCUGCACACAAGAUAUAUGCCUGUCCUCCAUGUCUACACCUGUGCAGCCUAUCCACAGUUUAAGUAGGGAACAGACCUAGGGACUAUAAUUCAACUUGUAAGAAGAACCAUCUGACUGUCAUUAUGCCUCAAAAGGAGUCCUCAGAGAAAAGAAUUUUCUAGAGUUCACUGAAGAAUUGGAGCAGGACUAGCAAGUUCCAUGGAUCUCCUCCUCUACAGCAGAUUCAGCUAAAGAUAUGGAUAUUCUAAACUAUGAAGAAGAGUUAUAAGGUUAAGCAAUUCUAGGAGCUUAUGAGUGGUGUCAGACCAAGAGUGCAUUAUACUACCAAGUCAAGCAAGUACCAGACAUUCAUGGUCUUCCCUGAAGCUGAACACAACCUUGAGGAAACAUCAAUGCUUGCAUAACCACUUAGCCUGUUGGAAGAUUGUUAUGAGAUUUGCCUUAGACUCUCAAAGAUUUCACACUGGAAAUCAACUGACCCCAUCACUGCUGCCCAUACACGGAUUAUGAAAACAACCUCAAAAAAGAGGAAACCUAGCUGUUGAUAGCCAUCCAGGCACACUGAAAAAUGGUCUUGCUGCUGCCUGAACUCUCCAAGACUCAACACAAGAUGAGCAAGCUCUAAAGAAGAGUUGGAAGCUGAAGUGCAGUAAAGGGACCUUCCUUCACUGAAUAAGUUGAUGCAAUACAUGGAUCAUGGAAGUUGGAAACACAGUAGGAAGCAAAUGAUGCUGAACCAUACCACUCAAGUUAAACUAGCAUUUUCUCUUCUGCACAAUGGGGAUUGCUUCAAACUUUCUUCGUGCUACAUAUAUGGGAUUAUCUUAUCUGACCAGUGGCUUCUUAGACUGAAAAUAACCAUCCAACCACUUUGAAAACAUGCAAUGAUUACUUCUCAGCAUUUCACAAGCCCACAAAGUCCCUUAGACAGAAAAUUCCUGUCCCACAUGAAGAGGAAUUUGUGGAUUGACCUAUACCAGACGAAGAAACUGAGUCACAGACUUCUGUCGUGCAGCCUCUUAGAAGACUUCUAAGACUGCUGACAUGCCUGACAUGGACAUUCAUAAAAUGUGUAUUCUAGAUUGUGAUUUCAAGUUUGGUGCCGAGGAAGAAAUCUGAGCAGCUGAACAUAUGCUUGAGAAGGAGAGCCAGCUUGGGACUCUCAUGCAGACUUUUGGAAAAUACUCAGAUUGCUGCCUCACCUACCACACAUUCACUACAGUGGACAGAUGUUCGAGUCUCCGAUGAAGAGCUGGACGAUGAUAAGGAAGUUCCUGGAAUGUAUUCCACUGUAUGAGACACAGGCACAUGAGGUGGACAGAAGUCUUGGGCACACUUCUAAUCAAUAUAACAUUCUUCCCUUCAAGUUUGAGGCCUCAGAGUUAAGGAAUAGCAAAGAGAGUCUGGAAAACAGCCAUCAGUCUUGAGGGCAUUCAUCAGAACAUCAGAAGUGGACUGCUCCUAACCUUAAUGCCCUGAACAGGAUGACUGAACACCAAACUGUGAGGUGGAAAAAGUGACAGACACCAGCCUCGCUCUUGCGAGUUCAGAUUACUGCAUAUCCUUCUUUCUGAAGAUGCCCUAGAUGAUAUUGUUACUUUGUUGUUGUUUUGAUUGUUGUUCUCUUUUUGGUAUUAUUGUUUGCUUUUAAGUUUAGAAGAGGACACCUUGAUUUUUUUGGUAUGUUAAUUAUCUACUGGCAUUAAACUCUGGCAACCAAAUGAAUAAAUGUUUCACAUGUUCUACUCUAUUUGGAAAUCACAA